GGGAAGUUAUUAGAAGAUCAUGAGGAAAACACAAGAACUUAACAUGAAUCCUGCUGAAAAUUAUGAAUUUUUUAGUAUUGGUAGUCUUAUACGUAUUGUAGACUGUCAUAAUGACACUUAUAAAGGAACUGUGAGGUCUUUUGAUUAUAAUACUAAAAUUUUAUCCAUAGAGACACCAUCACCAAGUGUUGCUCAGCUAUCUGACAUCUACCUUUUUAACUUGGAUUAUGUAUCUGAAAUUGAAGUUCUAGAAGAAAAGUCUGGAUUGCCUGAGCCAUUGCCUUUUAUUAAUGUCUCCAAGAUUUCUCAGCGUCUUAUAGAACAAGAAAAGGACAGAAUUAAACAAAAAACCUACAUUGGAGUUAAUGUAUCACCUGAGGGGCAAAAGCUAAUGAAUACAAUUUCAAAAACUAUAAGUGACUGCAGAUGGCAAGAUCAAGAUAUUGUUGUAUUAGGAGAAGUUACGAUCAAACCACCAUAUGGACCAAAAGAUCUCCACUGUAUAGAAGGAAGUAAAGCUUUGGCACACAUCUCAAAAAUUGUUGAGAAACACCAUGAGGAGGAAGCCAAGCAGGCUAAGCAAGGCAGAGGAGCGCAGUCAGUUCGUUAAUUUAAAAUGGCAACUGUUCAUGAUUUUGUUAUUGGAAAACAUUUUAUGAUAUAAAUGCAGUUAUAUAAGCAAGAGAGUGAAAUGAAUUUAUAAAAAAUGAAGACGAAAAGUUGAUUGGUUGUUCCUUAAUUUGGUGGGUAAAAUUAUCUUUGCUAUUUCUUUAGUAAUCAAAUAUAUUUUUGUGGUGUAUUUCUUUUCAAAAUUGUUUUAAUGACUGAAUAAAAGUGAUAAUUUAUACUUAUAAGUUAUAUCAAAUAAACAAAAUUAGAUCUUGCUUUAUGCAACUAAUAAGUUUGAAUGCUAUGUUUGAUAGGAUAUUCUGUAUGCAAAUCCAGCAAUUUAUGUGACUAUUUUAAAAGGUGGUUUAAAUACUGUUUGUCUUUAAUGGUUACAAUUAAAGAAAUGCUUGACAACAAUA